AUGGCUGCUGCCCAACAAGAGGAUCAGUCCGUCAUGACGCCGUCGCAAGUCGGUCCCGCUGCAGAUCCGGCGCUUCUCGGACAGGCCGGCGCCACUUCUGACGCCAACGAAAUCGGCAUCAACAUGGCCGUUCACGUAGGCGAUCGAAAACAUCGGAACAGCCAUGAAAAUGAGAGCUUCAGACUAUGCAAAAGUUCGGUCGUGAGCUGGAAAAGUUUCCGGCGGAGGGUCGGAAGCUCGUGGAGAAGGCGCUGAAAUCGGUCUCUUCGGCCAAUCAUCGAUCCACCGGGGCCAGUACUGUUUCUCGUGGUGGGUCUCGAGCGGACAAGAGCGGAAAAGUGCUCGGCGAGCAGCAGGACUCGUUCGUCCGUCUCGUCAACGCUCUCGUCGACUUUGUGAGUGACUGAGAAGUCUGACAAACCACAAAACUGAGUAUAUUUCCAGUCCCCGAUGCCCAUCAACGUGGUCCCACUGAUCGAGACGUUCGUGCUCUCCUCGGUCAUUCUGACCGUCUUUUCGGCGUCUUCCCUCCUCGGCGGCUACCUUUUGGCCCCGUUCGUCACCCUGCUCGUUCCGCCCGUCGGCGCGGCCCUCUUCAGUGCGAUCGCCGCCCCACUCGGCCUCUAUUAUCAAUUGAGCAAGGGCUACAAGCCGAUGGACGCGCUUCGUGUUCUCGCAUUGACGGCCGUCGCUCAGGGAGUGCUCUCCGGCGCCGCGUUGGCCAAUUUGAGCGUCUCGUCGGAGCCCUUCAUCGCCCUUUCCGUCAUCGUCUCGUCGUUCGGCGUCUCGGUGAUCAAGCACACUUGUAAGUGGACGAGUACGCCGCUCGGCAAUCUUCUGUAAAUUUUGCGCAAAAGUUGGAGUGGUCGCCGAGCCGGUCAACAACUUUUUCUUCUUUUCAGCCCGCCCGACCUCCCUCCUCAUCACCGUCCUCUCCUCCCUGAUCGCCCACACCGCGAUCGGAGCCCUCGAAGGUGCCAUCUCGCCCGUCUACCUCCUCCUCUCCGCCCUUUACACCCUCGCGGCGGCUGUUCCGAUUCAACUGGCGGCCCGCGAUAAGAAAUCGGCCAAUGUGAAUCUGUACUCGGCGGUGCUCGUCGGACUUUGCGUCUCCUCGAAGCUGGCCAUCUACGGAAUGCUCGGAGCGAACGGAGCAUUUAUCGCCGGAGACGUCAACGAACUGAUUGGCGAAGGGGGAGCAACAUCUGGAGCAGUUCCGCUCGCUGAACAAGGAGCCACUGGCCCAAGUGAACUAGAACUUAACUAUUGA